ACACCGCGGCGAGUUUCAGUUCGCGCCCGAUCGCCUUACGCGUCACUACUCCCGUCCACCCCAGUGUUUACCGACGCCAAGCUCGUAGUAGCUCCGCCGACGCGGACAGUGAUCGCGAAGUGUACCAGUGGCCAGCGCGACGGAGGCGGUGCAAGGCAUGUUGAUGGCGGGCGCUCUGCCGGCCGAGUCCGAGGGCCUCCUCGCCCUGGGUGCUCUCCCCGGACAGAAGGACACCACUUGGACGAAGCUCUUCGUGGGCGGCCUCCCCUACCAUACGACGGACAAAAGCUUGAGAGAACAUUUCGCAGUGUACGGAGACAUCGAAGAGGCCGUGGUCAUCACCGACAGACAGACCAGCAAAAGCAGAGGAUACGGAUUUGUAAUAAUGGGAGACAGAGCAGCAGCGGAGCGAGCGUGUAAGGACCCAAACCCCAUCAUCGAUGGCAGGAAAGCGAACGUCAAUCUGGCGAUCUUAGGAGCGAAACCUAGAGGGAAUCUAGCGCCUGGAUUUGGUCUCGCUGCUGCGGCCGCGGCCGGCGUCCGGGCGGGAUACCCCACAGUGCUGCCUGCGCAUUAUGGGUUGUCCCCCGGUUACGUGUACGGGACCCCUAGUUACAUGGGGGCCGUCGGUGGGGUCGGAGCGAGCGUGGGCACCGGCGCCGGGGGCCUGGUGCAGCUGCCGCAGUUGCAGCACGCGGCGGCAGUAGCUGCUGCUAACCAUCUGUACGAGUACCAGGCCGCUGCCGCCCAAGGUGCUGCGGCUUAUCAGCAGCAAUAUGCUGCCGCUGGGUUCGACCCCUAUGCUACGGCUGCAGCAGCUGCAGCAGCGGCCAGCGGUGCGGGCUACGUGUCCCAGUACUACGCGUUACCAGGUGGAGGAGUGCAAGGACCUCUGUUACCACCCCUGUCAUACCCUCCGCAACUUCAAGAAGCGCGCAUGCAGUAGUUAACUGAAACAUUUUGGCUACAUGACAUAAACGAUGGCGUAAACAGAUGGCAGCACUAGACGAAACUCUGUACCUUUCAAUUUCAGUAUGACCAGAUUAAAAAACCAUGUAAUAAUGGCACUACAAGCAGUUUUUUGCAGUUUGUACUUAGCGGAAUGAAAUAAAUUAGUCUCGGCUCAAAAAGGCUAAAACUCAGAGCUGUAAAGCUAGUUAAAAGAAGAAAUUAGUUGCUUUAUUUUCCGCAACAUGGCGGAGAUGUUUUAUUUUUCUGGUCAGGCUGUAAACUGUGUUUGACUGUAUUGUUGUCACUUUUUGAUUCAUAUUGUAAAAGAGUGACAACAACAGAUUCAAGCAAUAAUGAUUUUGAAUAACUUCAAUCGUAAUCGUCUUUUGCCAUUUUUAUUGGAAUAAGCGUUACGCUAUAUUGAUACCAUCAGUAAAAACUUAAAGACAUGAAGCCACAACAUUCAUUGCAAGACUGCUGUUAUACUAGAGUUGAUUGAAAGAAAAAAAAAUCAAUCUUAAAUAAAAAUCUUUAAAGAAGCAGUUUAGUAUUUACUAUCUUAACUGAUGUAAAAAAAAUGAUGUCCAUAUUUAACAAUGGCUCUCGAAAAACUCUAGUAUAUUUAGUCUAAAGUUUAAAGAUAUUGUGGAAUAUUUAAAAAGAGAGAGAAUUCUUGUCGUAAAAAACAUCACGAUAGGUAUUGUUACCGCAUUAUACCAAAUCAUUACAAUCUGUAUCAACCAAAUAUUUUAUAAAUGACCAAAGCUAUGAGCUUUUACGUUAGAAUUAAGAUGCGAUGAGGGUACAUAAAUAAUAUGCGGAUCGGUGACGGGAUUAGGAAAUUAAGUAAGUGAAAACUUACAUAGUAACAUUUCAUAUGAGUAAGGUAUUAUAGUAGUAGCGAAUAAAAAGAGACUAAAUCAUGUCUUAUCUUCAAAUCAUUAACAUAUCGGCUUAUCGAAAGUGGAUGAUUCGUCUUUGAACUCUAUGAUUUUGACAGAGUAAUAGUUAAAGCAGUAUGAAGCUAUCAAUGAAUAUCGCUUAACGGUUGGUGAUCUAGCAGGAAGUGGGCAUCGAUCGUGGGGCUCUGCGCCCUUUUCCAGAGUGCCCAAUAUAAAAGGAGCCUGGUUAUGUAAUCUUAAAUAAUUGCUUGUGCACAUCUAAGUGAACUGUAUCAUACUAAUAAAAUCUAUGCUGACGACUCGUUAGUGGUUUGCUACAGCUUCACCAGAAGUUUUAGGAGCCUGAGCUCCUUCCAGAUUCUUCCAGAGGAAAUUUAGGAAUCUAAAAUCAGUUGGGGAUAAAACGUCUCUAAGGGCGUCUCCUGUGAGACUCGAACCUUGAAUCAGAGAGGCGUUUGAGUCAAGCGGAAAUGAACUACAUUGCUCUUAUAGAUCUAGUUCAAAACUAAUAGAAACACAAAAGUUUCAACAGUAAUAAACCUGCUAAAUUUUGAUAACACUCUUUGUCAAUGUUGCUUUUGCAAAUUAUAUGCUAAAAAGGUAACCGUAACAAAUUAGUUAUGUUUAAUUUUUUUUUGGACAGGACAGGAAAUAAUUUGUUUUUUAUGCGGUGAGCCGUGAUGUGCGCAAGCUUUAUUACGCAUAUGUAAAUUAUUUUUACCUGGUACCUAAACAUUCAGACACUGCAGCUUGUGUAGUGAUUAUGAAACGAAAGACGCGUUGAUAAAGAAGUAAAUAGACAAGUGAUUGGCGUGGCGUAAAAGAUAAAGGUACGAUUUUUACAUCCCAACACUACACUGAGCUAUUUUUUUCACUAGUUUAAUUUAAGUUGGUUUACUUCAUAAUUUUGUGUUAAAAGCACGAAAAUCUGAUACUCUGUUGAUCUGAUGAUGAACAAUUGUCAAUGUAUUUUGGACCAUCAUUGGGUCUGGUAAAACGUCAAACGUCAUGACACCAGUAUCGAAUUGCCCUUUCUCGUUUAUUUACAUAUUCCACACAGUUAUUCUCUUUUUUUGAGAGAAUGCGAUGGAUUUUUUCUCUGUCUAUUUACUUCCGUACAACGGGCCACUGAAGUGGCUGAAAAUACAGGUAAAAGUAAUUUAGAUAUAGUUAUGUAAAUCAAUGAUCUAGCCUCAUUAUUUCGACUUCCUAAUAUUACACAUAUUUUUUUACCUAACGAUUAGGUACUUCUUAGAACUUCAGCUAGGUACAUACUAGGUAAAACAUAUAAUAAAUAGUAUUUAAUUAUUUUUUAGUAUAAUACCAAACACCAUAUUUACAGCUGUCUAAUGACAAUAAUAUGUUGCUCAUGGCAUAAGAUACUCCGCGUCUCCGGUAAAUUCUGAGGCAGCUAACAAAAUAGCUGAUUCAUAGUGAAAAUGUGAGUUUUUAUGAAGCUUUUCAUACUUCCGUAUAUACAUCUUCCCUUUGUUUUUUUAUUAUAUUAUAUUUUUUGUAUGUAUAUUACGUGAUCCUAAAUAGAAAAUACGUUUAUGUCAUAAGCAAGUAAAUAGUAAUGUUUUAGUUUGUAUUGGUAGUAUGGUACGCCAACCAUAAAAAAAUCAUAUUCAUUUUCAAUUAGAGAAUAAAGAUAAAAGAAAAAAAAAACAAAAAACGACAUAUUUGAACAGUAUCAACAGUAUUGGUUUUACAGCAUAAUAUAUGUUUUUUCUUGUAUAAGAAAUUUUCUUCCUGUCCGGUUUUGAAAAAUUUAUGAACAGUUUAAAAAAAAAAUCAUAAAAAAAGAAAAGCUCACAUUGCAGUUAAUUUAACACCGAUUUAUUUAAUCAGACAGAAAGAUCCGUAAAUUUUCAUGAUAAAAAUUGUAGACACAAUAUUAUAAAUAGCCGAAAGUUACUAUGUUAUAAAUAAUAUUAGCUUUAGGUCUAAACUCUCGUGUCCAUAUUGCUCAAUAAGUCCUAAGGUGGACUCGAUUUAGCUUAAGGUUAUAGGAGAGCAAUAAAGGGCUUAUAUGUAUGUAGUUAAGCUAAGUAAACAUUUUGAAUAUAAAAUCGGGUAUACAAGAAAGUUAAUUCCGAUUCUUUUCGAACAAGAAAGGCAAAUUUUCCGACUCUCUACAAAAGAAAACUUUUCUGAAUAUACGAAUAAACACGUAAGGAACUAGACUCGAUUAAAAUAUCUAAUAUAUUGUCAAUUAGAACUGUAACCUAUGUUAGACUCCGCGCCACGAAAGAAGUCCUAAAACCUGAACUAAAAUUGGCAGCGCCUUACGCAAAUGAACAUAAGACCGCCAUUACCAAAUGACAAUGACCGCCAUUAAGUCAUUAGCGCCGCGUCUCUUGUUUCGUGGCGCGAAGUAUAGUAACAGUAUACCUAUAACACCAAGAAGAACUUAUAUAACUUGUAAAAAAAAUCCAAAACGAAUGGCUAUGUCUUCUGAUAUUUAUGCGGUACAUACAGGCAUUAUGUUUAUAAUGUCUCUACCAACACGUAGUAAAGUAAAAUUUCAACAGUAUAGGGGUGUAAAAUACCUCACUAAAGUAUACUGCUAUUAUGAUUCGUAUAUCGGUAUAACCGUUUUUAUAUUCUACUAGUAGUUACCAGUGGCGAAGGAUGGAAUUUAGAUGAAGGUAAGCCGAAAGAAAAGGAAAUGCAUAUAGCGUGAUACAAACUUUUCUCAUAUAUUUAGAUACAGUACAACAAUGAAUACGUAUGGAUUUUAAAGGUAAUCCGACAGGAAUCGGCUUGCAUGAACUCUUCGGCGCUGGUAGUUAUAUUAAUACAUACACCAAUCACAGAUAUUCUAAGUUCUAAGUAAAUAUAUCUAAAGAUAAUAUAAAUGUACGCCCUCUUAAAAUUACUUUGUUCUCCAAAGCGGUAUAGGGUACUUACUAUUACUAGGUACUUAGGUAGAAUAAAAGAAUUACUAGUCCAUGUAAUGUUAAUGUAUAUUGACUUCCGCUGGCCGUUCUAUUACCAUUAUUUUCUAAAAAAAAAAAUAAGUAGAUAAGUACGAGUAAAUUGCAUUAUAGCGAAAAUUGGAUAUUUUGGUUUAAGGCUUUUACGGGAAUAUCUGAUCCUAACAUAACAAUAUCUGUUACUAGAUUACCAAUGAUAUUGAAAUAUCUAUGAGUAAUAAUAACGAUUAAUAUAACGGAUAAUAAAGUUAAUACACGGUUGCUUGGGCACUCAAAAUUAUUUCCCGCGGGAGGGUUAAGUUUUUUUUAUAAAUUUUUAACCCAUUAGAGGUCAAAUGAAAAGUACAAAUGAUAUUUUUAAAUAAUCUUUACUUACUUAUUAAAAAACAAAGAAAAAAGCAUGAAAUUAAAGAAAAUACUGAAAAAUAUUAGUUUUCAUGAAAUUACAGGGGUGUACACAACUGAGUACAAUGACCACUUAUGUAUAAAAAAUUUCUAAACACGCUUUUUCAACACAAAGUGUUUUAAGACACUUCUUGCAUUACCAGCGCACUCUUGCAAGACAAAGGACACACUGCAGCGGUGUUUCAGUUUUGACGGGAAAGUGACCUAUUCAUAGUAUAGUAUCAUUACUCGUUUAUCGUUACUAGUAUCAUUACUCAUUACAUAUAAACGCAAAGAAUUAGCAUCAGACUAAUCCAACAUGUAAGUAAAUAACACCUACCACCACUUUUUACCAUGAACAGCAAUUCUGUAUACCGAGAUAGACUGGUCAAGUUCAUCAACACCACCCAUAUUUUUGUUGUAAGUUUGAGAUAAAUGUGGUAUCUCUACGUCUGUUUUCUCUCGCUUUUUUGGAACUGCUUCGCUUGACAGUCCAUAAUGGUUCUAUGGUGUCGUAGUUAGUUGCCAUUGUACAUACACUAUUGUUAUUAUCUUUGCAUUAUCUUUUAUCAUUAGAUGUUGCUGCUAAGUUGUUGUCAACAAGAUGAAGGUUUCUUUUUAUAUCCCGGAACUUAUGUCUUGAUAUAGAUUUGGCGACGAAUUCCAAGCCAGUCUUCAUCUAGAGACCAGUACAUUGUUUCUCGGGGUAACUUUUCCUAUCACUGACUUGUAUGUUAGUACGUUGUGAUGUUGAAGUGUGUGAAGGAGCACAUUUCCGCCAGAUUGGCAUUGGAUCGGAUUGGCGGGUAACAUCUUGACGUCUUCUUUUUGACGCCAGUGGUUCAUCAUUACUAUCGUCGUUACUGCCAUCUUCAGGAUUUGUAAAUACCUCUAUAGUGUCAGGUACAUCAUGCGGCAUGAAACACCCUGCUAUAUCCUCUUCGGCACCUUCCUCUUCAUCAGUCAAUGCACUUGAAUCGGGUGGUAUAAUAGCAAAAUCACUUUCUUCGUCAUCACUAUCUCGUAAACCACCAUCAACAGCUUCCUCAAGCCCUAGAUAGCAUUCUCGAGGUGUAAAUUGUUGUUUAUUCAUUGUAAGGAAUAUGUAAACUAAACCAGUUAUUUUACUUACGUAUGUUGUCAUUGUACGCAAACGCGUACAGUACAAUUUGUAUGACCCUAGUUUCAUUGUGGUUGCAAAUAACUUAUUGUAUUCUAAUUCAAAUCUUACUUUGACAUCUAUUUUCUACAAAUGUUAUGAAAAAACAAACUUUUAAUCGAUGGUUAUGAAAAAAAAUAUAAUAUCAUUCACUUACGUGCACAAUGUUUCCGUGAUGCAACUUCAACUGACACAAUUUAUCAAAAAAUGUCAGACUACCCGCGUAAUGUUUAACAAAAUAUCUAAACAGUUUUAUAAUAAAGCAAAAUUAUAUGAUUACCCUACUUAACUUUCCGAGUUCUACAAUCUACACCUAUGGAUAUGUCUGUACUCAGUUGCGUACAGUGACCUCAAAUGGGUUAAUAGUGAUCUUUAUUUUAUAAUUAUGAUAUUAACAUUGUCAAAAUUAUAAAAAAAGACUAAUAAAUAUAUGGGAGUUAAAUCGAUUGAUACAAGAUUAUACAUCGCAGGAUAACCUUUAUCUCUAAUUAUUCAUAAUGGCACUUCAUAUUGCAGAUUUAUCUACUUAAAUCAUGUAAAAAAUGAUUUUUUUUCAUUAAGUUGAAUGGUUAUUUCUCUACAGAAAUAUUUUUGUAUGAAAAUAUUUCUUCAAUGUCGGCCAGCGUCGUAGUACAAGUUAAGGGCAGUAGAAAUAGUUUAAGAGAAAAUAGUGUGUAAGUUUAAUCUUAAUUAUUAUAAUAUGCUGUUAUUCGUAAUUUAUUUUGUUGAUAUUUGUAAAUCUACAUGUUGAUAACUAUUUAUUAUGUGGAAGAGUAAUAAAAAUUGUUAAAUAUUUAUCGAGCGGAUCGAAUCUCUUUAUCAAGGCAGUGUCUCAGUUAAAACCACGAUUCGGUCCAAUAUAUUGAAAUAUACACAUCGUAAUUUUAAGUAGAAUAUUAUUAUAAGAUAUGUACCAAAAAAAAAAUGAAACAUGAUUAGCCAUGAUAUGCCAUAACCAAUAGCCAAUGGCCAAACAUAAUAAGCCAUACAAGUGGCCAUCUUGCCUUAACAUAGACACACUAUUAUUUAAAUAAUAUACCUAUAUAUUAUAUACACGUAAUAUAUUAAAAAGAGUAGAAAAGAUCAUGUUUAUAUAUUGAAAUAAUAGUUAAAACAUACUUAAUCAUACGUAGUUGGUAAAUAAUACAUAGUAAUAUUAAAUGGUGGACACCAAAAAUUCAUAUUAUUUGUCUGUAAACGGGAUCAUCUCAAAUGAGACAUGUAACAGUAAAUUAUUUUACAUGCUAUUGUUAGGUACUCGUAUAUUAUACAAGUACUAAAAAUAAUAUAUCAAACAUAUUGUUACACAUAUCAUUACAUCAUUUGUAUGGAAAUUAAGAUAUAAUCAUUGCAGUCCAUGAUAGUGCAUUUCAUUCACAGUAAUAUAUAAGCACAAUCUAUUUAUGUACUUACUUUUAUCAAAAUGUGAAUUCAUAAUAAAUACCUAAUAAUUGUUAUGAAUAAUUUAAAAUUAUACUAUACUGUACUUAAAUUUAGGGUAAAUUAAAAAGGAAAAUAAUUUUAUAAGGUAAAA